CAGACGACGAAAAGGCUUUAAAUGCUUUUUAUUUGAAGCUUCUAGCUCAAUUUUGAAGGAAGUUGCAUCAAUAUUUGUAAAAUUUAAAAUCAAUCUUAUUUUUUGACUCUUGCUUAUGCUACAAUCGCACUCCCUGACUGAAAGCUGGCUACGCCCCUGUAGUUCUUGUCGUUCAUAUAUUUACAUCAUCCAAAACCUCUUCACAUAUUUAUGAUCUAUAGCCCUGUACGUUCUGAAGCUAAUCAUACAAAAGUAAUAUGUUAAUAUACAUUUUUAUAGAUAGAUAUAUUUAUUGUCAUUACUAUCAAAAAAGUAACUAAGAAGUGUUUUAUAAUUGUAGAUUGGAUGGUAAAUCUAAUACUCGCAAAGGUGUAGGAACAAUGGCCUUUGAAACACUUUUUGGGCAUUUAAAUAUGUCGGAGUGUAUUACAUAAGGUGACAUAUCUGUUCUUACAGAACAUGUAUGUAUGAAAGAUCUUUUGUCGCCAAUGAUUAAUUAAACGAUGACAUUGUCAUUGACCGUGAUAUAGCGGAUAUCAGUAACGGAUCGAGCCAGGAUCGAAGAAAAUGCACCGCGAAAUUAGAUAGACAAGGCAGACAAAGAGGAUACCAUUAUAAUAUACUAUCUCACGAGUUAUGCUCAUUUCAAUGUAUAUACACAUAUUAUAUAUAAUAUACAGGAAAUUGUAAAUAUUGGGAAUUUGUCAUGACAACAUGCUCACACAUGGUUUUGUUAACGUUCGUUUUAGUUUAUGUAACCAUCAUUAACCGGCAUCAUUAUUAUUGGCAUUUGGAAACGAACGAUAGUGAAACACGCACACACGAGGAACUCACUCUAAAGAACAAUUAGUAAUUGUAUUAAUUCUUAUAUCUUGCUUCCGAAGAAGUGAUCGAGCGUCGGACCCGACGAUGUAUCGUUCUUGAAUGAUGAUGAACAAAUCAGUGACAGUUAUCAAUUAUGCUGAAUUAUCUGGUACAGCGAUUACUCAAAUUGUCAUUGAGGCCAUCAUGUCAAUUUUGGGCCUCGCGGGCAACCUGAUCAUCAUCGUCCUGAUUUUGCGCACCAAGCGUCUCAGGAGAGUCACUAAUUAUUUCAUCGUCUCGUUAUGCUUCGUUGGAUUAAUUAUAGCCUCGUUCGUUAUACCGAUACACAUCUUGGCGGAGUUUGAAAUUGACAAUCAGGAUUUUUGUCUCGCGGCCUAUACGUUGAUUCUGAUAUUCUGCAUGUGUUCAGUGCUUACUUUAUUGGCAAUAGCGACAGAGCGAUAUUCCGCGAUAGUUACACCAUUUUCUUAUUUGAAAUGGUUCACCCCCGGUCGAGUCUUGGCCAGCAUUGUCAUAAUUUGGCUAACCUCUUUACUGACAGCUAUAUACCCCAUUGUAGCCCAUAAAACACAGACAAAGGACCCUAACAAUACACUUUGUAGCUUUCAAAAUGCAGUUCCAAAAGAAGGAGGGAUUCCUUGCUUUUGGGUUAUGUUCGUAUGUAUUAUCAUUACAUCUGCUAUGUAUAUAAAGAUAAUGGCUGUUGCAAGGCGCCAGUCCAGGAGAAUAGCAGCAUUGGACGUGACGGAUUAUACAGAGAAACGGCCCACUACUAAUAUUGAAAAUGCAGCAGCCAUAUUUCACACGUCCGAAUCAGUUAUGGAUCUCGAUACUAGUGCUAGCAUACCUGGGAUAUACAACAGAGUGAAGCGAGUGAGCUACAAUGAACCUGGAGCUGCGGAUUUUGGUUUCCAUAAUGAAGCACGGUGUAGCAUAUCGAUACAAAUGAAAGAAUUGACUCCCAGAAAAUAUGAUAAAAGUACCAACACCGAUAACAAUUAUUUAAACAACAUACCUAAAGAAACGGCAAUCGAGUAUUUAAGAAUGAUUGAAAUAUACAAUAGAGAGCUCCAAAGAAAACAAUCAGACAAAGAUCAUGCAUUCAUUUCAGAAGACAAAACUGACGAGAAAAAUGUUCGUAAGUGUUCCGAGGUUCAAAAACGGGUAAUCGAUAAAGACAUUGAGACAAACGGUACAUAUUCGGCUGUUGCUGAAGUCCAUUUUAUGAAAGGUGAGGACGAUUGCAGAAUGAACAAAGUGUAUUCGGAUCAAUCUGAUGAUGCAGUCGUUGAACCAUUCAAUGCAGACAUUUGUCCUUCAAAGCCUGAAAUAGAAAACUCAAUGAAAUCUAACGAAAAUGGAAAGCGUAUACGUAAAGAUCAUACAUUUCAAAAUGUGAGCUUAAAGAAACGGACCGCUUCAAAACGUAAUAGCGCAUCUAGCGAUGGACAUUUUGAGGAUGCCCUAAAGCGGGCGAGACAAAGGAAUAACAAUGCAUUAACUGAUGUUGAGGCACUGUACUCGAUAUCUCAACUUAAUGAAGAAUCGAAUGUUAGGUCAUAUUCGCACCCACAUGAAGCAGGAGCAGAUGAUACAAAUCAUUGCGUCCCUGUAAUUGGUAAAUUGGAAUUAGAUUCACCUGAGAUCGAGAUUACCUUGCCAGCACUAGGUAAGGAAAAUGAUUACACAACCUGUAUUCCAAAACAGGGAAAGUGGUUUCAAAGAUCAUCAAGAGAGGAAGUUAGCGAAGAACCAUACGUCUUCGACGAUGAUGUAACUUUGUCAAAAAAUGUUCUUCCGAAAACGAAAAAAGAAUGUUUAAACGUCCCUGGAAAAGAGUUUCCUCGGCAUGGACCUAGUGUAAUUUCUUCUGGAUCAAGACUACAUUCUAUAUGUGAAAUAUCAGCAAAUGAACUGGAGCAUUCGAUACGUUCAACAUCAAACACACGUCGGAGGUCAAAUAAUGAAACGAGUGGGCAACAACAAGAAGCCCUAAAAUUAAGACGUUCAACUUUAAAAAGAUCUUUAAGUAUGAGGGAACGUCUUGUGGAAUCUUUCCAUAAUUUUCAAGAACGGCGGAGAUCUAAGUCUAGAAUGAAAGAACUCAAGCGUGGCAGACGUGAAAGGAGAACUACUUUAUUUCUCGGCGUAGUGAUUUUAUAUUUUUUCGUUGCAUAUACGCCAUUGCUUGUGACUUUGUCCCUCUUUUAUUACGGCAUAAAGCCAUUCAACGCAAUUACAGUUCUGGCGUACCUGUUGAUUUUCACUUCCUGUGUUGCCAAUCCCUUUAUUUAUGGUUUUGGGUACAGAGAGUACAGGAAAAGCUUGCAGAAUAUGUUAUGUAAAAGUCGAGAUAGACUUGUAUCUCGCGUGAGCUCGAGUGACUAGCUAAUUUUUGUGCAUUACAUUGAAAUAGUAAUUGCGUUCGUGACAAUUCUUACACGGUUGAGACAAUAGAAAUAUAUAGUAUUACUGAUAGUUUUACCAUUGUUAAUGGAAUGCUAUUACAACUUACAAGGUUAUACAAUUUAUUUGUUUGUAGAAACAAAUUUUGGUCUUAUUAUUACAUAACAAAAAUAUCAAAACACAGAAUAAAUUAUCAAGAUAUUAGCUCAGAUCUUUUGGAUUGCUGAUUAUGAAUUUAUAGAAUUUAUAAAUCAGAGAAUAACGCCAUUUUCAUUGUUGGAAAAUAUCGAGUUUGCAUUCUGGGAGCCAGUUCUCCUUUUUUGGAGAAAUUAAUAACAUUGUCAUGGUAUAUUGUUUUUUUAUGGUUGUCGUUACCUUGUUAUGUUACUAUUGAUUGUUAUAGUUCAGGGGAUGGAGAGGCGUAUAUUAUUUUCGUUCGAAAAACAUGUAGGUGUGAUUCGAUUGUCUGUGAACGUUUUGCAGUGUUCCCUUAUGUGGCAAUACACUCAUCAUAUUCCAAGUAAAUCGAGGGAGUAUCUAAUAAAUUAAAUUGACAGCCAUCCAUCUAGUUUUUCCACAAUGUCUGGUUAACCAAUGAAAUAAAUGGUUUGAUUUAUCGUUAACUCCACUUUAUUGAAACUUGAUUUGGUUGUCAAUUCAUAACAAUUGAAUGUUCCCCGGUGGACUUGGAACAUGACGGGUGUAUCAGAAGGUGGGGGGGGGGGUACUUCAAAACGUUCACGGGUGACAAAAGCAAAAGCAAAUACCAUGCAAUCAUCAAAAAACUAUUCUAGAUGUAUUAACUGAAUUUGAAGUGAGCGGCCAUUCCGAAAAUCCCUCCUCUACAGAAGCUCUCUAACGUUGAAUCAAAUCCGUAGGUGACGUAUCGUGUAACGUAUUCAUGUUUUGUACGAUUUGUUGAUGUUGGUGUGUUGAUGAUAGAAUAAUAAAGUUUUUACAUUUCAAAAUGUCUUAAAGUUAAGUGUAAUAUGUUAUGUAGACUAUCUGGUUUUGUAUUAUACCAAAAUCAAAUGUUGAUUUUGAAGUUAUAUGAUUUCAUGACAAAAGUGAUGAAUAUCAUAUGAUAAAAAUUAUUUGCUGGUAGAUAGGGACCCAUUUCCGAUUUUCAACAUUUUAAGAAUUAAGUUUUAAGGGGGUGGAGUCAAACUCAAUUAGUUAAGUUUUUAAACAGACAUUCAACUUUUGAUGCCUCCCUAAACUCACAAUUAUAUCAAUAUAUGGCGACUACAAUUGUUUGAUGACUGAUGAAUCAUAUAAAUAUUCGAUUUUGAAUAACAAGAAAUAAGUUAUUAAAAUAAACUUUUAUUCUUAAAAUAACAAUACCAUAAAACAAGUACCGAGUGUAAAAUGUAUUAAACAAAUUAUGACUUCAAACGCUUAUGGGGACUAAAAUCAUUUCUAAAAUCAGUAGAUAUAUCCUCGGAGCUAGUCGAUAGAUGGCGCUUUCUGCUGUUACAUUUUGACGCAGAGAAUGUCAGUUUACAAGUUCCAAGUUGCUUAACAGACCAUUUCAACGGGGAUAUAUUGUUCCUCCUUUGUCUUGGGGUAGUCAUAGUUUUGUGAAAUUUCAUCUUAAGACCAUUUGAGCAGUCUACGUUCCAAGGUGGAGAAUUAUCACUGGCAUCUGAACUGUCACACGUUGCACUGUCCGAAAAAGGACCAGAGGAGUUAAGACUGUUACCACCACUGCUAUAACCGUCAAUAGAUGGCGCCUGCUUAACUGGCGGCAUUCCGAUUUUAUGGUCAUCACAGCCACUUUUUUCAACAUCAAUAUUAACAUAAGAUUUUCCAUUGCAUAUUCUUAAGGUUAUUUUACCACUUUCACAUGUAGGACUAUUGUUUUCACGCGGCGAUUCACCCGAAGAAAUAGUAUUAUCCGAGGAGGAGAAAUCAUCGUAUAUGUCCGAUUCAUUCCAAUGAACACUUGGAGUAAAAAGAUCUAUAGAACUACUGGAAUUGUCAUUGUUAUCGUGGGAUUCUUCUAGAGUUUUACUUGCAAAUGCUGCAAGUUUAUGCAGCUCAUCGUCUAGUUCAUCAGUUUGUUUAUGACUAGCAUUCUCUACGUUUGUGUUUGGAGCACUUGGAUGAACUUCCGAAUCAACCUGUCCAUCAGUAUCUUGAAUCUCAGCUGUAAUGUCAUUAUCCGUUGGCGUUAUAGACUCAAUGUUAUUAUCCAAAGAAUGAGUGUCUUUAUCUAGUGUGGUUCUGGUGGACGUUUCAACUUUAGUUGUGUUGGCAUUGUCAUCAUCUGGGGAAGUCACGAUUGGGUGUGGCGCAUGGCUGGCAUCUCUUCCUCUAUGAUUAUUGUUAUCACUUGAAGUAUCACCACAAUCUGUUGGUUCUGUGUUGCCAUGUUGACGAAAGUCAUCUGUCGUAUCUAAUGAUUUUAAGAAUGAAUCUAAAGAUGGCAGUGCAGCAAUAACAGCAUCCAGUCCUUUGAAGUUGGUAUCAUUAUAUGCAAAGUUUCUAUGAUCGUCGCUAACAAUAUGUUUAUCAAAAUUGUCGAAUGUUAUUUCACACAUUUCGCAAUAGCCUGCUUGUUCGUUCUUGCCAUUUUUCGCCAAUCUAGACUUUUUCACUGAUGUUAAUCCGUUUGACUUUUGUCCAUUUUUGGUAACAAGCUUAUGUAUUUGUGGGGGUGUACAGCACACCUUUGGCUUCAGAUGAAUAGUAUGGCUUCCAGCGUCAUGUUUAGGUCGAUCAUAGUUCACAUUACUUUCUAGUUGUAUGUACGGAAAGCGCUCGAAUGACGAAUAGAAAGGUCGAUAUUGACCUUGAGUGUCCUCAAACUUGAUAUAAGGGUCCCCAUUCCAAUGUGUGAUGACGUUCUCAGUAUCGUCUGGUUGCUUAUUAUUGUAAUCCAACGUUGUAGCGAGCACUCCCCUUUCUUUAAGUUUCCGUUGGAUAAAAUCUAAGUUAACAACCUUGAUGCCCAUCUUCUUAGCUUUCUCAGGUAUAGUUUGAGUCGAUGAUGUAUUGCGGAUUGAUUUCUGGAGUAAAGCCUGUCCACGACUUAAAGCUCUGGGGGUAGACGCUGCUCCGGGGCGGUUGGGAGCAUUAUCGGGCUGCUUGCUAUUAUUUGGUACAAAGUCAUCAGUAAUCACAUACUGUACAUCUUUAUGUAAAAAGUCAUCAACUUUUCCACCUCGUUUUUGGAUUUUCUCUUGCAGCCGUUUCCUGAUAUUCGAUUUUUGAAGGUCGAUAUAGAAGACAUUAGAGUGAAAUAUAUCCGUAUUGUCUGAAAAUAACUUUUUAGCGACCCUCGGCGAUUGUCUUACUCCGGACGUUGCUGUGAUGGCCAUCCCGUGCGUAGAGAUCCGAAUCUUUUCAAAAUACUAAUUGAAGGUGACGACCAUGAUAUUAUCCAUAAGUAUCGACUAGCCACGUUGAUUCAAAUUCUGCCGUCCACUAUGUUUGCUCCCUACUUGAAUAUUGAGCUCUUUACUGGUAACCUCUGGUUGAACAUUGAGGUCGACUUGACAGCUUUUGGUUUGAUUACUAAUUAACGUACUCGGUUUACUUUUAACAAAUAAAUGCGGUUGUUUGGUAUGUGAUUGAAUCGAAGCAGUUGAGCGUACGAAUGGAAAUGUUCAGUGGUAUCCCCUUUCUCCGUCUCCGGCAGCUGUAUUUAAAACUCAAUACAAACAAAUAGAACAAUAGGAUUAUAUAAUACUCUACAUGUACUACAUGUAUGUAUUUAUCCGGCUAUUUAUCAUCCAGAUUAUUAAUUAUCAACUCGUUAAUGAUAUAAUGUUGAUUUUAUAAUUAGCGUUGUAUCCUGUUUUCACACCCUUUCAGAAGCGUCUGUGGUUUGUAUAUCGAUGAUACAAAGUUAGAUACAUAGGCUAUAUU